AUGUCACUCAAAUAUCGGUUGGGACCUACUCCACCAGGGAUGCCCAGUGUUAUUGGCAACAACAAUGGAGAUUUGGCACCGGGCCCCUGGGUGGACUAUGUUUUCUCCAAUUCCUGGUGCAAGGGACCUGGUAUGAUCCGUGAGCUGAUGUCCAUGACGCCCCGGCGAGAACUUCAAACCCGAAACAAGAUGGCGGAGCAGAUUCGACCCAGGUUCGAAUUUGGGCAUUUUAUCAUUUCAGUGCUGCUUCAAGUGGUUGGGUCUGAGGCGGAGACCCUAUGUACUCAUUGUCAAAGGGAUUGCGGCCCUUGGGUGGGCUGCAAGAUACUUCCCAGCUUCCUCGGUGGCGCUUGCGCCAACUGCGUAGCUACCGGGAAUCAGCGUAACCGAUGCAGCCUGCAAUCUAUGGCCAUAGAGGACGAUGCAACAGAGCCAAUAUCCAAUUCUGCCCAGCAAUCUCUUGACUUCGACCUUGGCCCCGUCACCAAGAGGGAGCGACAGGGUUCUGAUCAGGAGUCUGAAUAUGUCUCUUCUGAUAAAUCGCUUGCUCCAGUUCUAGCUAUCACCGAGGGGCAAGACACUACACAACGCCAGAACAAGCGUCUGAAGACAUCUACUACCUCAUCAAAUGAAGCUAGCACCUUCAGAAAGCUCUGGGUGAAGCUGGCAGACGUUGACCACCCGCCUGGCAACUGGGAUAUGCACGUCUCCAUGGGAAAUCUGGAAAAGCUCCGCCUCGACCGGUCACAGAAUGCUGUUGCCUCCCGUUUGGUUGGAAACGGCCUUUCAGCGUCUGAAACGGAUUUCCUCAAGAAUUUUCUUAAGAAGCUCCCAGCAAAGGUUCAAACUAUCCUCCAAGAUAUCAAUUCGGAUGAAGACACCAGCGCGGUGCGCGAUGCAAUCAGCUACAUAGAAGUCCUCGGCGAGAUCAAACCCAAAAUUAACGCCAUGAAGAACGGUCCGGUGAAAGACGCAUACAAAAAUCUUUUCUCGCAUUUUGAUUCCUUCAAGCCAAAGCCAACUACUAUCGGUAUCACUCAGUCGCUGCCCACAUCGAAGCAGACUCCCGGUAGUACCGAAAUCACGAAGUCCUCGACUCCUACAAAGCCAAUGCUAGGGGCAGUCGAAGUUACUCGGGACGUGACUCCGUACCCGUCCCCCCGAACAAUGGAAGCUGGCCAGCAGCUCCUGCGCUCCUUCCAGCAAGAAGGCGAUCGCCUUCGCCAAGAGCAAGACUCACGCCGACACUCUGAUCAGGCUGAAGUGCAGGAGCCACACAUUGACCAGAAAGACGUUGACCUACAGUUGCAGAGGGAACUAGAUUCUCAAAAGCCGAAGAAUAUCUCACGUCAGCGAGGCGUGUCCCUUUCUUUGCGCAAGACUGAAUUAGAGAAAUGA